AGAAGCUGGUCGUUCAGUGUUUGUUAUACAGGGAAAUAUGGCAGAAACAUUGUCCACAGACAGUCAGGGGAUGGGUGAGCAACUGACCUGUUUUCAGUUGUGUGACUAGUCUGAGGUUUUGGUUUUGUCUGUGACAGGGACAGUGAGGCUGUGAAUUUGAAGGAGGCGCCCAUUGCAAGUUGCCCCAUGAAGAGGACAAGACAACCUGGCUGAGGGAAGCUCACACCUUCGUUCUCCUCCUGGCUUCCCUCCAAAUGGUUUUAAAUGGGUAACCAAUGGAGCAACAGAACACACUAGGUGAAAAACUUUAUAAUGCCAUCUCUCCACGACACCCGGAACUGGCCAUAAAACUUACAGCCUCUUACAGGGAUGCUGUUGGAACUCCCAGUUCCUGUGCUGGAUCAGAUGAUACAGGAUGAGAAAUUUCUGUCUGCUGGACUUCAGAAAGCACUUAACACACUUCAGGAUUCCACAGAGAAAUGGCAAGACAUAAAUAAAUGUCUGUUUAAACUUGCGCAAGAUGAUACGGAUUCUGAUUCUACUGAUUCAUUAGGCGAUAAGCUGUAUGACCUGGUGGAUAUCCAUAAUACUGGGCACAGUGAGAAAAUAACAGGUAUGCUACUGGAAAUGGGACGGAAUGAAGUGAAGAAGCUGGUCAGUGACUUGCAACUGUUAGAACAAAAGAUCCAGAUUGCACAGGAUGCGCUUGAACAAAAAAUGCCUAAUGAGAGGAAAAUGUCCAACAAUUCAGAUUUUGAUGAUGUGAAGGAGAAGCUGGGAGAGAAGAUUUUUGAACAAGUAGAAAAGAUCGAUCCACAGAACUGCGCUUACAUCACUGGAAUGCUACUGGAACUGGAUCCUUCAGCCAUUCAGAUGUUGCUAACUGACAGAUUAGCACUACAAACUGCUGUUGAAAAAGCACAGGCAGCACUCUCUCAGUCAGCUCCUCAGAAUUCUGACUUGCUGAAUAAUGAAGAUGGAAGUGAUCUGGACAGUGAGACUGAAAAGAUAGGAGAGGAGUUAUAUUGUUAUAUCAGCAAUACAAAAUACAGUGAACAUGCUAGCAGGAUAACAGGAAUGCUGCUUGAGAUGUCUCACAGCCGCUUAGCUGAACUGCUGAAAUCACCAGAAGAACUAAAUGAGAAGAUUAAAAUUGCUGCUUUAGCACUUAAAGAUGAUUGAAGAUGUGCUUUACUGUUAAAAACUUAACAAAUCGCAUAAUAAUCCAGAAAUUACAAAGCAAUCACAGCUAUAUCAAUUUCUGUGUUUUAUUUUGAAUGAUGAUUGAUUUAAGAAAUUAGCAAGUUACAGGACAGUUUAUGGUGUAUAAGCUGGUUGAACAGAGUGAAGAGCUUUAAACUGUCUGCAUUUCUAGUGCCAGGAGUUAUCUUUGAACCGUAGGACAUUUAUUUAUUGGAAUUGCAUUCAACAAAACCCUAGUGACAAGUUAUCAGUAGAAAAAGAAACUUCUGUGAAGAACAUUUCAAAUAAACGUUUUACUUUUAAUGAUUA